ACAGGUGAAAACAAUUCAUAACAGAAAGUAAUACACAAUUUUUUUCAGCGGAAAUCGUCUGCUGCAGAGACAGACGACCCUUCCAAAUCGAUCAGCACCUGAGAUAAUUACUGCAUGCAAGCAUUUUUACAUGCGCCUGUUGUCUACAGAUCAUCCAUUGAUCAUUGCAAGAUAUAGAAUGACAAUUUUAAUUAUGUCGAAAUGAACUUUAACAUGAUAUUAUGUAGUUUUUGGAAUUAUUAAACCUUCACUAAUUCACAAGAGCUAUUUCCGAUAUAGACGGAUAGAAGACAAGUAUAUUGGAAAACUACUUUUAAGUUUAUACUGCUAAUCAUCAAGUGGCAACAGCAAUUAAUAUUUGAAAAACUGAUUUUCCCCAAUAAUAUCGAUAACAUGGUAUUUAAGUAAAGCUUUAAACAAUGUUUAGUUACUGAACCUGACAAAAGGUUUACUUGAAACAGUGAUACUUAUGGGACACUUUAUUUGUAGAUCUUUCUAUAACAGUGGAUAUGGAUACACAAGUCGAUACAGCCUGUGAAUUCCUUUGGUAAUACAGGUGUUCUGUAUACAUGAUGGAAACAAAGAUAAGCCGGAGGUAUUUUCAAUGUGAUAUUUGAUGGAGAUAAAUCUUCAGUAAAUUUUCUGCAUUGAUUGUUAAACUUGCUUCAAAUCAAAUAUCUCUAUUGUACACUAACAACGUUUACCGAUUUACUAAAGUUUGAUAUAUUCGAAGAUAAAAUGAAACUGCAUCUUAUAUUUAAAAUUGUUGUUUUUCCAUUGGAGAAUAAUUAGUGAUGAUAUUCUAUUGUUUAAAGUGAUAAGUUUAUGUUAGUUCGAACAUUGCACGUCUUAUGAAGGAAGUAUUUUAGGAACACAUAAAUCGAACUUCAGAUACAUUUUGAACAUUUACUUAUUCUAUACCUCUCGUUAUGCCCGGGGUAGUGUAUGAUGAGCUCGCUAUCGCGUCUUAACGGCGAUUCUCCAACAGUCCAGUUAACAUCGUUUUCUCAGGUUAAAACAGCGUUCUCGGAGAAAGUCGACUCAACAACAAAACAGGAAUGUGCUAAGUAUGUAGCUGAGCUUAACCACCUAACUGCUGUUUACUGUACACAUGUUGUGUGUUUAGGAGGAUCUCAGGACUCCGAUGAUUUGAGGGAGGAGUUAAAAAGGAUGCGAAUACAGGCAAUCGAGCUUGCUCGUACCAAUCGUUUGAAACUUGUACCAACCCUCAGAAAUAAACUCUUGUGUCCAGAGGAUGUGAAAGACUUAGAAAAGAUAUAUAAUAUGUUCUCAGCCUGUCUGGAAUAUUUUGAAAUUCAGCUAUUAAAAACUUUAUUUGUUCAAAGAGAGUUUCCUCUGCACUCAGAUGUCAAAAUACUUAUAAAUACUGGAUGGGCCGAACCUUUUAGUAUAUGCAAGAAACACACCGUAACCUUGGAAAGUUUAGAUAAUACUCAAUGUGAAAAGAAACUAGCCGAAACAGAGGAAAUCAAAAUAUUAGAAAAAGAUAUAAGUGAUUUACAAGAACUUCUAUACAAUAUAAAUAAUCUUAUUGCCGUCCAACCUUGGGAGGUAGACCCGGAUGUCGGAACAGGUGCGACAGAGUGCAGCAAUUCUGACAACUCAUCCGAUACCUCAUCUACAUCCUCAUUGAAUGUUCAACGAGGUAUAAGACAAGGAUAUAAAAGGAAAAGAUGUGUGAUCAUUAUAACUGUGUCUUGUAUUCUUUUGAUAUCUGUUGUUAUAACAACGAUAGUAUUAUUACAAGAAUCGCCCUUCAGCUGAUGUUGAAUGCAUAUUAUAUCGUGUUUUACUGUUAAUGACAUGCGGUACUACUAUUACCAAGAAAUGACGAAUUUGAUUAAAUUUUAGACUUAAGAGUUUAAUAUUUCAUCAGAUGUUCAUCAUUAUCAAUUCAGUUUGUCAGCUAUACCUUUCAUGAUAAUAUAAAGUGCAAUUGCAUAUUAUUCUUGUAAUUAAUAGUUCGGUCAUCUUGUUCAAACUCAAUUACAUUAAAAAUAUUAAUGCAUUAUAACCUUAAUAGUAUUUUAAAUUAUUGCAUUGCAUUUGCCCUUAUAGUCAUAUUUUGAUUGAUUAUUCUGUACCUGGACAGCUUAUCAAUAUAAAAGGAGAAAAAGAUGAACGAAUAAACUAUAAUACAAUGGUAAAAACCGUAUGUCAAAU